CAUUACCAGAGCCUGUCUAAAACACCCAUUACGCAAAAGCUAUGGAAGAAAAGGCAUCUGCCGGAAAGAGCAUGUACGGUGGUUCUCUUCUUGUGCCUAGUGUUCAAGAAUUAGUAAAGAAGCCCAUAACCACAAUCCCACCAAGAUACAUACAGCCUCAUCAUCAAGAUGGUAACCAAGAGCAUGAAAUGAUCAUCAAUUCUGAUCAUCAUGCUCAUCAAAUACCAUCCAUUGACAUGCAGAAAUUGCUUUCCCAAGAAUCAACCAGUUCCGAAUCUGAACUAGCUAGGCUCCAUUUUGCUUGCAAAGAAUGGGGUUUCUUCCAGUUGGUAAACCAUGGUGUGAGCUCUUCCUUGGUGGGGAAAAUAAAGACAGAAAUUCAAGACUUCUUCAACCUACCCACAGAAGAGAAGAAAAAGUUUUGGCAACAGCCAGGAGACGUGGAAGGUUUUGGACAAGCCUUUGUAAUUUCUGAAGACCAAAAACUCGACUGGGCUGACAUGUUCUUCUUGAACACUCUUCCUGUCCAAUUGAGGAGGCCUCACCUAUUCCCAAAGCUCCCUUCUCCUUUCAGAGAGACUUUCGAAACUUACUCAUUGGAACUGAAAAACCUAGCCAUGACUAUACUAUCACACAUGGAAAAAGCUUUGCAGACGGAAGCCAAGGAAGUGACCAACUUAUUCGAAGAUGGAUUGCAAGCGGUGAGGAUGAACUAUUACCCUCCGUGUCCUCAGCCGGAGACAGUCAUCGGUCUGACCCCUCACUCUGAUGCUAUUGGCCUCACCGUCCUCCUACAAAUCAACGAAAUGGAUGGCCUCCAAGUAAAGAAAGAUGGGAUUUGGUUUCCUGUGAAACCAUUACCUGAUGCCUUUAUUGUGAAUAUUGGAGACAUUCUAGAGAUUAUAACAAAUGGGACGUAUCAUAGCAUUGAGCAUCGGGCAACUGUGAACUCUGAAAAAGAAAGGCUCUCAGUCGCCACAUUUUACUCCCCCAGAUUUGGUGCUGAGAUUGGCCCGGCCUCCAGCUUGAUCACUAAGCAAACACCUGCAGCAUACACAAGGGUGGCAGUUGAAGAAUAUUUCAAAGCAUUAUUUGAACGUAAGCUUAAUGGAAAGUCUUUUCUUGACGAAAUGAAGAUUAAGUAUAAUGUUAAUCAGUAGAGAGAGAUCUCUGAAGAGAAUAAAAGGUGUAUGUUGUAAAAUUAAUAUGCCCAAAUUAACAAGUGUGGAUGCCAUCUCUAGUUGUAUCGUGAGACAAACUAGGAGUAAUGCUAAGGAAUUACAUUUUUGUAUCACAUUGAUAUACCAUCUUAUAUGGCAAGUAAUGCAUACAAUAACAUUCAACAAGACAAGUUCAUUAAUUGA